UGUGCUGCUGCUGUCUCUGGAGGAAGACUCUCCCUUUACUUGCACACACACCAAACACAAACUGCUAAUGAAGUAGAGAGCAGCAGCAGCAGCACCUCCUGACCGCCAUUCCGCACCCAAAAACUUUCCAUUUCCCUUUUCCCACUCUCUGGGACUUCCUUUUGAUCCCCCUCCACUGCUGGUGCCUGUGUGUGUGGGGGGGGAGUGGGGAGAAAAGAGUGUGUGAGGGCUGCCGGAGAUUUACAAUCUGCCUUCACGUUUUUGGGACCUAGGAAAAGAAGAGUUCCACCAUGGAGUGCAAGUGAAAAGAAGUCUGUUUUAUGUGUGUUUUUGCAGAAGUUGAGGCUGUUUCUCUGUUGCUUCCAAGAGUGCAAGCUGUGCCUUUAAUACACGUUGAGGGAGGGUAUCUAAAGAUAGAAAACUGGCCUGAAGUGAAAUUGGGUAAAGCUGGGGAUUUAACAGCAUUCCCCGCUCCCCCAGAGUUUGACGAAUGCUAGGAUGAGUCAGGCUCCUAUCCUAAUCGCACCUCCUAGACAAUACACAUUGAACAUGAUGGAACUUACUUCCAAAUUUCUCCACUGUUGAGUGUAGAGAUCUCCAUGGUAACUCAAACUCCCAACCUCUUCUCAGCAGCCUGCAAGAAGCAGUUUUCAACAGCUCAGAGGUCUCACGACCAGAGCGUGGAUCACACUUCUUGCAGACCUCAUCAUAUUGAGGUGGGGCUAAGAUGAGCAUAACCAGUGACGAAGUGAAUUUCUUGGUGUAUCGCUAUCUUCAGGAGUCAGGUUUCUCCCAUUCAGCCUUUACAUUUGGAAUAGAGAGUCAUAUUAGCCAAUCCAAUAUCAAUGGAACACUAGUGCCACCUGCUGCCCUCAUCUCCAUACUUCAGAAAGGCCUGCAAUAUGUGGAAGCAGAGAUCAGCAUCAACGAGGAUGGUACAGUAUUUGACGGCAGACCUAUAGAGUCUUUAUCGCUGAUAGACGCAGUAAUGCCUGAUGUAGUACAGACUCGGCAACAGGCUUUCAGGGAGAAAUUAGCUCAACAGCAAGCUAGCACAGCACCAGUCACAGUGCCAGCCACUGCAGCAAUGACAGCAUCUACAGCAACGACAACUGCUGUCCCACAGCAGAAUACACCAAAGAAUGGCGAAGCCACUGUGAAUGGAGAGGAGAACGGGGCACAUGCAAUAAAUAAUCACUCAAAGCCAAUGGAAAUUGACGGGGAUGUUGAAAUUCCUUCUAACAAAGCAACAGUCCUCCGGGGUCAUGAAUCAGAAGUGUUCAUCUGUGCCUGGAAUCCUGUCAGUGAUUUGCUAGCAUCAGGAUCUGGUGAUUCUACUGCCAGAAUAUGGAAUCUUAAUGAAAACAGCAAUGGUAGUUCCACCCAACUAGUUUUGAGGCACUGUAUCAGAGAAGGAGGGCAUGACGUCCCCAGCAAUAAGGAUGUAACAUCAUUGGACUGGAAUAGUGAUGGAACGCUAUUGGCUACAGGAUCAUACGAUGGCUUUGCAAGAAUAUGGACAGAAGAUGGAAAUCUUGCAAGCACCUUAGGUCAACAUAAAGGGCCCAUCUUUGCUCUGAAGUGGAACAAAAAGGGAAAUUACAUUUUAAGUGCUGGAGUAGAUAAAACAACAAUAAUUUGGGAUGCUCAUACAGGGGAAGCUAAACAGCAGUUUCCUUUUCACUCAGCCCCUGCUCUGGAUGUAGACUGGCAGAACAACACUACUUUUGCAUCCUGUAGCACGGACAUGUGCAUACAUGUAUGCAGACUUGGUUGUGAUCGGCCAGUCAAAACGUUUCAAGGCCAUACGAAUGAGGUCAAUGCAAUCAAAUGGGAUCCUUCUGGAAUGCUUCUUGCAUCGUGCUCAGAUGAUAUGACCUUAAAGAUUUGGAGUAUGAAGCAAGAUACAUGUGUACAUGACCUUCAGGCACAUAACAAAGAGAUUUAUACUAUCAAAUGGAGUCCGACGGGACCAGGGACCAGCAACCCAAACUCCAAUAUCAUGUUGGCAAGUGCUUCAUUUGACUCUACUGUUCGGUUGUGGGACGUUGAAAGAGGAGUCUGCACUCACACGUUAACCAAACAUCAAGAACCUGUCUACAGCGUAGCUUUUAGUCCUGAUGGAAAAUACUUAGCCAGUGGGUCCUUUGACAAAUGUGUCCAUAUAUGGAACACUCAGAGUGGAACUCUAGUACAUAGCUACAGAGGCACUGGGGGAAUAUUUGAAGUCUGCUGGAAUGCUAGAGGAGACAAAGUGGGAGCUAGUGCAUCGGAUGGAUCAGUUUGUGUUCUAGACCUACGAAAGUAAACGUUUUAGAAGAAAUUUGCAAAUGGACCAGCAUUGAAUGUGUGGGUAGAAGCACUCUUCAGAACUAUUUUUAACAUCUCUAGAACUGCAAGAACGGGGGGAAACAACAGAAACGGGAGGAAACUCCCAGAUCAUACAACAAAAGCAACUUUCCUAGGCAGCAGAAGCCUGCAAUGUUUGUCCAUAACCUUCACCAUGGAGUUAAAACACAAUCACUUAGGGGGAGGGAGUGGGGAUGGUUUCCACCUGGAACUUUCAGCCUUUGGAAGCAGGAAACCAGUUCCAGCUAAACCCCCCAUAGUAUUUGGUUGGGGUCUCUGAGAACUCGCUGUGAUGGCUGCAGAAGAGAAGAGAAAAAGCUGUGCCAAAAAUAAUAAUAAUAAUAAUUAAAAAAAACCCUAUAAAGCAAAAUGCUUUGAUAAACCAAAAUGGAAAAAAAAGAAUCCUCCUCCAUGUGGUCUUGUAUUUUUUCCUUCCAAUCUGGACUCUACAGUUGCUCUCCCAAAGGACAUUCAAAGACCAGUUUGUACUGAUGACACAUACAACUUUGUAAUCACAACACUUUCUUUUUUCUAGACUACUUUUAUUUGUUCAGUGGGUUUUUCCCCCCUAUCAGUUGGAAUAUUAUAGCCUUGAGGAUCACAGGUGUAGGUUUGAACUGAAUUUCUUUUCUUCCUUUCUUGUGCCCCGUUUUGUUUUGCCUUUUCUGUUUAUGCCCACAGAAAAUGCAGCCAGGUAGGCAAAGUGAAAAGUUAUAACAGACUGCUUCUCUCAUUCUCUUUUCUUGUUUUCCCCUCCACUCUCUUCUCUUCCAGCUUCUCUGUUUUUAUUACUUCCAUGCUUCAGAUCUUACAGUUUCAAGGGCACUUUCAACAAAUUGUGUAAUAAGUGCUUUAUGUAAGAAUGCAGUGCUGGGAACGCUUUUUACAAGAGGAAGAUGACUUUUUAAGAAAAGAAAGAACCCAGUGUAUUUUUGAAAAGAAAAAAAGAGUAGUAUUUUUUAUGUUAAAACACGAUUUUAGAAGCUUAAAAUCUCUACCAGAUGUAGACUGGAUUGUGUAACUCAUUCAAAAGAACAAUUCAAAUGAAAUCUGAUACAAAUUUAAAGAUGCAGCAUCCCUUUUAUUUUAUCCUCAUGAAAGGCAAUUUGGUAAAAGAAACAAAAUUAGGUGUUGCUUCUUUUUAAAAAUAGUCUUCAGGAGAAAAUAAGUAUCUUGUGUGUUUUAAUUUCAUUGACAGGUCUCAGUGAUGUGAAUUAUAUUAUACCAGAAAUCUAGAGUUUUUUUUAAAAAAGAUACUUCUUUUCUGAAUCAUAUAUCCAGAUGGCUCCUAAUAUUUUUUUUAAAAUAACCACAUAUUUCUUGCAGAAAAUAUUUCCAUGUUGUUAUAAUGUCCGAUUCUGCCAUUUCAUUCAGAAUGGGUAAUUGUUUUUGCUACUAUUCUGAGCAAUAAAAGGACUAGUGUAGCAUAUCUCAACAUAUAGAGAUAAGUUUGUAUUAUUUGCUGGCUGCUUCUGUUUACAAAUAGUGCUAAGUUAGAGUUAGGCUUCCAUAGAGACAUUUGCAGCAUGUUUACUUUUUAAAACUGCUGCUCUACUGCCCAAGAUAUUAAGAUAGCCUCAAUCCUUUCCCCACUGCAAUCCUAUACUCAUUUUAAUGGGAGCAAGCCCCAUUUAACCCAGUGGAACUUGUGUCUGAGUAAGCAGGCAUAGGAUUGCACUAUGAGGUACUAAGAUUAGACUUUAAAUACUGGGUUAAGUCAACAAAUAACUUGAAAUUUUGAAAGAGCUAGUCAUUAUGGUUCCUUUCCCCGCCCACCAAACAAAUCUGGACAAUUACAGAAAUCAUAUCUGGUUCACCUCUUCCUGUGGCAUGUAGCACUCUGAAUAGAUCAGCAAGCUCCCUUUGAGAAGAGGAUACUGCAUCUUUAACCUGGUAAACACUGGGUCCCUAUACGAGGCAUCAAAAGGCCCAAUACUUCUAGGGUUCUACACACAUUAGUCCCCUAAUACAUAUGCAAUGUAAGAAAUUGCAUAUUUAUUUCUUAUUUUAAAAAUAAUUUUAGAGCCAAGUGAAGUGCACUUUGUCAAACAUAAGGGAUGAUUUUGGUUUUUUGGGGGGGUCUUUUGUCCUUGUUUCAUUCUUUUUCUUUUUUUGCCUUCUAAAAAUGUGGUUCUUUGUCAAUUGCAGAAUUGUUCUUUCAGCCACUCACUGAUUCUGGCACUCUGGAUUCUGGCUUCUGAAGUUUUAUUGUCUGUGUCAGACUUGAAGCCGGGCUUGGUUCUCAUUUCAGCAUUUCCCAGGUUCUGUUGAAACAGCAUCUCCCCUCGCACUGUUUUGUCCAUUGACUGCUCCCCUCUUUUACACACACAUACACACACCCAUACUCUCUUUCAGCAAAUCGCCUUGUGUGUUGUAGUUCAUUUGUUUCAAGGAGAGAAUCAACAGAUCAUAUUCAGUGUCUUGAAUAAAUUGCUAUAUU